AUGAUCUCCGACGCGGUCAGGGAGGCAUUUAUGGAGGUCGAUGAGGAGGCACCAGGCGGUUGGCAGGGCUGGCGGAUGUGGGACGAGAUGGUCAGGGAUAAUGCAUCCGGUGUUGAUACCCCUGACUUGGGCUCUCGCAUACACGAACAAAGCUACGGUGGAACGAGCUGGGAGUGCUAUGCACAUACUUAUAACUUGGAUCCUGUUCAAGAUGCAGUCAUGCAGACAAUGAGUUGUGGGGAAAUGGAUGACAGCAGCUGGAAUUACAGGGCUUAG